UGGCGUCCCGCUGUAAGCAAGCGAACACACAUCCUCAAUGGAACUAUCACCAUGGGCUGCGCUCUUCGCCGUCGUGCUUGCCACCGCCCUCUUCCUCAAAGCCAUCCCUUCCCGCGGCCGCCGCCGGGCCUACAACCUCCCACCGGGCCCCAAGCCAUGGCCGAUCAUCGGCAACCUCAACCUGCUGGGCGAGCUGCCGCACCGCUCCACCAGCGAGCUCUCCAGGCGCUACGGCCCGCUCAUGCAGCUCUGGUUCGGGUCCAUGCCCGUCGUCGUCGGCUCGUCCGCGGAGAUGGCCAGGUUCUUCCUCAAGACCCACGACGCGGCGUUCUGCGACCGCCCGAGGUUCGCCGUCGGCAAGCACACCACUUACGACUACUCCGACAUCCUGUGGGCCCCCUACGGCGCGUACCUGCGCCAGGCUCGCAAGAUCUGCGCCGCCGAGCUCUUCAGCGCCAAGCGGGUCGGGUCGCUCGAGUACAUCCGCGACCAGGAGGUGCGCGCGCUGCUGCGAGGCGUGCGCGGCGCGGCAUCCGGCGGGCGCGCCGUGCGGCUCAGGGACCACCUGCAGAUGGCGGCGCUCGGCGGGAUCUCGCGCAUGGUUCUGAGCAACAAGUACGUGGAGACGGACGACGGCGCGGAGGGGGGCGCCCCGCCGGCGGCGACGCCCGCCGAGUUCAGGGAGCUUGUUGAUGAGUUCUUCGCGCUCAAUAGCGCGUUCAAUAUUGGAGAUUAUGUGCCGUGGCUGGAGCGGCUGGAUCUGCAGGGAUUCGUUCGGAGGAUGAAGAAGAUGAGUAGACGGUUCGAUCGGUUUCUGGAGCACGUCCUCGACGUGCACAACGAGCGGCGGCAGCUUGAGGGUGACAGGUUCGUGGCGCGGGAUAUGGUGGACGUGCUACUGCAGCGGGCCGAUGACCCUAACCUUGAGGUGCCCAUGAGUAGGGACAAUGUUAAGGCUCUCGUACAGGACCUGCUCAUCGGAGGCACGGACACGUCCUGGAUGACCAUCGAGUGGGCUGUCUCGGAGCUCCUCAGGAACCCCGAUCUCUUAGCCAAGGCAACCAUGGAGCUGGACCGUGUUGUCGGCGACGACCGUGACGACCGCCUGGUCAGGGAGAACGACCUCCCCAACCUCCCGUACAUCGACUGGAUCAUCAAGGAGACCCUGCGCGUGCACCCGGCGGCGCCGAUGCUGACGCCGCGCCUGGCCCGCGAGGACGCGUCGGCCGGCGGCUACGACAUCCCCGCCGGCACAACCGUGCUCGUCAACGCUUGGGCCAUCGCCCGUGACCCUGCCCUGUGGGACGCGGCCGAGGAGUUCAGGCCGGAGCGGUUUGCCGGGAGCAAGAUCGCCGCGGGGGAGACGGACUUCAAGUUCAAGAUGCUGCCGUUUGGGUCCGGUCGGCGGAUGUGCCCAGCAUUCAGCCUCGGCCUCAGGGUGAUCGCGUUGAGCCUCGCCAACCUGCUGCACGGCUUCGCGUGGAGGCUCCCGGAUGGGAUGGACAAGGAGGACCUGUCCAUGGAGGAGACCUACCAGCUCGUACUUCCACGCAAGGUCCCACUCGAGGCCAUCGUCGAGCCCAAGCUGCCGGCAUUGUUGUACGCGGGGGCUUGAGCUGCUUGUACGUACGCUUUUUAUCGGUUGGCACGUAUCUGAAGUGGGGGAGUACGUAUUUAUCUGAUGUUGUGGAUGUUAAUGUAUGUUUCUAUAAAUUUAGUUUGUAAGGAAAAUGGCCCCAUUAGACUAUUAUUUUGUGAUUUUGGUGAUUGAGUAACAACGCAA